CCACUAUCGUUACAAUCGGCUAUAAAAGACCUGAAUGUAUUUAAUCGGACAGUACAACUGCGACCGCUCAAGAUCAUUCACCAUGAAGUUCGUGCUGUACCUCCUCGUUCUGUUGCCCCUGGCAUUCUGUGUGGAAGGAAGCUUUAUGCAUGAAGUGUACGACCCUAUCGAGAUGCUGUGCUCAAGCGGACUUCUUCAGUUGAUCAGGAGUGAACAGGCCAGUGGGAGUCUGACCUGUGAGGAAGUCUGCAAUAAGGCCGUGGCCAGCAUCACUGUGGCUCCUAUCGUAUGUCCUUUGGCAUGUAGAGAAAUCCAGAGUGGGUCUCACCAUUGUCCGUAAUAGCGAUCAGUGGGUCUCACCAUCGUCCGUAAUAGCGAUCAGUCGAUAUCCAUUAUAUCUCGUUCUGUUUUGCAUAACAUAAUAACAAAUAAAGUUCUAAAACAAG